UAUUCGUUUCGCCACCAUUUUUCAUUUUGCGAAAAAGUUGUCAACGUCUCUGAAUUUAGCUCAAAAAAUAAAAAAAAUAAAAAACCGAAAUCUUCAUCAGAAUUCAAAAGCUUCGCGAGGAUCGAUCAAUGGCGACGAAAGUGUAUAUUGUGUACUAUUCCAUGUACGGACAUGUAGAAAAACUAGCAGAGAAAAUCAGGGAAGGGGCGGCAUCCAUUGAAGGUGUAGAGGCCAAAUUAUGGCAGGUUCCUGAGACACUUCCAGAUGAGGUGCUCGGGAAGAUGAGUGCACCACCAAAGAGUGACGUGCCCAAAAUCACCCCAAAUGAACUUGCUGAGGCAGAUGGGUUUGUUUUUGGGUUCCCAACAAGAUACGGUAUGAUGGCUGCUCAAUUCAAAGCAUUUCUCGAUGCAACUGGCAGUCUUUGGAGAACACAGCAGCUCGCCGGUAAACCUACCGGGAUCUUUUACAGCACUGGAUCUCAAGGUGGUGGACAAGAGACUACCGCGUUGACUGCCAUUACUCAACUUGUGCACCACGGAAUGAUAUUUGUACCAAUUGGAUACACAUUUGGAGCUGGCAUGUUUGAGAUGGAGAAAGUUAAAGGUGGAAGCCCCUACGGUGCAGGAACUUACGCCGGUGACGGUUCAAGACAACCAUCUGAUCUCGAGUUAGAGCAAGCUUUCCAUCAAGGGAAGUACAUUGCCACCAUCACAAAGAGGCUCAAGGGAGCUGCUUAAGCGUCUGAAUUUACCAUAAACAUACAUUUCAAGAAAACCCCUUUUAUCCAUUUUUUCUUCCUAAGAAUUUCUAUUUGCUUGCAAAGUAAUAAUUCUUGUACUGUUUCAGAUAUGCUUUGUGUACGUGUGUUACACGGUAUAGUUGUUAUUGUUAAUGAUUUAAAGAAGAAAAAAGUUUGUUUGCUCUUCCA